UUUUGCCCAGCAUGUAAUUAAACAUUUGUUGUUGGUUUGUAGUUAAGACUUUAUUUUCUGGAUUGCUCUGAGGAAGAUGGCUGAGAUUUAAUCCUUCUUCAGGGCACACACAUGCAAGAACAUUGCAUGUGUGUAUUCUCCCUCUCUCUCUUUCUCCCUCUCUCUCAUACACACACACACACACACGCGUGCGCACACACACACAUGCACACACACUCCUACACAAUCCUGAUUCUAACACAAACAUGGAGGGAAGGCAGAAUGUGUUCAUCUGAGCCGGUCCCGUGUUAUCUGUCUAUCCAUCACAUCUGCUCAGCGAUCCCUCCAGAAAGACCCCACUUUCUCGGUCCCAUAUUGAACCUUGGAGACACAGGAGCCAGAUUAGUGGCAGACCCUUGCUUCCGUGGGAUUGGAGCAGAUGAAGACAGCCCUGUUGUCCACAGCAACGCUCCCAGGUCCACGCCUGUUCUCUCACGCUGGAGAGGUCGGGGUGCACGCCAAGCUCACGGCACACCCUCCACUCACCCAUCACUCAUCUGAGCGCAAAGGCAACUGACAGCCACAGUCUGGUGGUCUACAGGGUCCUUAACUGGUGGUCCUGUUUGCCCAUCGAACCCUCCUCCCCACACUGAGAAGAUUUGGUGAUGAGCACCACUGCAGUCUGCAGCAGAGUGGUGCUGCGGAAGACCUAUGUGCAGCGCAGGAGUCCUGUCGGGCGAGACCCUCGGAGGAACUCCAUCCCGCCAGUGCAGACACUCAUCGCCAAGCACCUCCUGGCCUACCUCCCUAGGCCACCCCCAGACUCGCCCCGGUACACCCCCAACCCAAGGAAGGCAGGAGCCAAUGCCAUCAUGGCGGUGGCGGUGAUGAACUCCAGAAGGGUUUCCACCAUUUCCAGCAAGAGCGGCGAGUGCGACGGCGGGCCCCUCCCCCCUCCCCCGCUCAGAGCGACCCCCAUUCAGCGGCAGAGCGCACAGGAGCGCCUGAGCGACCCGGAGCUGGGCCCCAUUCCGUGCGCCCAGGACCACAGCCCAGAGCCGCCGAAGCGCCGCCGCUCUAACCGAGGGCGUCACCUGAAACGCCUCAGCUCCAAGUGGUACCCCGGGAACUCCGGCACCGAACGUAAGAGGGCUGGUGCUCCGGGGCCCCCUCCCCCGACGUCCGAAAAGGGCAAGAGGCAGAGGUGCAAGCUGAUUGGGGACGAAGCGCAGGCCUGCUUCGCUUCCGGCAAGCAGCGGCAGCGCUACGUCACCAAGGACGGCAAGUGCCGGGUCAACCUGGGCCACAUCCAGGACAAGAGCCGCUUCCUCUCGGACAUCUUCACCACCCUGGUGGACCUCAAGUACCGGUGGUUCCUGUUCGUUUUCACCAUGUGCUACAUCGUGACGUGGGUGGCCUUCGCCGAGAUCUACUUCCUGGACGCCUGGCUGCGGGACGACGUGGCCCACGCCCACGAUCCGGAGUGGCGGCCCUGCUUCGAGAACGUGGACGGCUUCUUGGCCGCCCUCCUCCUCUCCGUGGAGAGCCAGAGGACCAUCGGCUACGGUUCCCGGAUGGUGACGGCCAACUGCAUGGAGGGGGUGGUCCUGAUCAUGGCGCAGUCCAUCGUCGGCUCCAUCAUCGACGCGCUCAUGGUCGGCUGCAUGUUUGUGAAGAUCUCCCGGCCCCAGAAGAGGGCGCAGACCCUAAUUUUCAGCAAGCACUGCGUGAUCUCAGAGCGGGACGAGCAGCUGUGCCUGCUCUUCCGUAUCGGAGACCUGCGGGAGAGCCACAUGGUGGACGCCAAGAUCCGGGCCAAGCUCAUAAAGUCCAGGCAGACCAAGGAAGGGGAGUUCAUCCCGCUGGAGCAGUCGGAGAUAAACUUGGGGUACGACACGGGUGGGGAUAGACUCUUCCUGGUGGAGCCCCAGACCAUCACCCACAUCAUCAAUGAGAGCAGCCCCUUCUGGGAUAUCGGGGCGAUGGCCCUGAAGAGGGAGAGGUUCGAGAUCAUCGUCAUCCUGGAGGGAAUAGUUGAGGCAUCAGGAAUGACAUGCCAGGCCAGGACCUCGUACACGGAGGACGAGAUCCUGUGGGGACACCGCUUCGAGUCCUGCAUGUCCCUGGAAAAGGGAGCUUUUCGGGUGGACUACAGUGCGUUUGACAAGACCUUUGAAGUCCAGACCUCGGCCCUCAGUGCGAAAGAAAAGAGUGAAGGAAAGGUUCAAGAGCUUUUUUAGCUGGCUCCUGUACCUGUUGAUGUAACCCUUUCCUCCUGCCACCUGGUGCCAAUGAUGUGAGAGAGCACCAAAUUUUUGAGAGCAAUGACAUUAAGUGAUUUUAGAGACUAUAUUCAUUUCUAGGCUUGCUAGGUCUGCUUUCAAAAAUUGAUUAAUUGAUUGUGUUAACUGUGACGGACAAUUGUACAGGGCUACACACAAUUUUGCUGUAGCAAUGCCCAGAGAUCAUUUUUAUCAUCUUUACAGGAUUCCCCUGUGGCAUUGUCUGCCUGUGUGAACUUAUCCAGUUAUCCAGUCACAGAGGGUUGGGUUGAGGCAGGCAUGGAGUCACAUCUGGAUAUCUGGGAGAAAACAAGGAGGGAAGUUAAAGAAAUUCAUUAAUUUCCCAGAAAUACAUUUUGAAGUGUAGAUAUUCAGGAGCUUUACUCAUGUACACCUCACCCAUUUUUUUUAUUCUGCAUCCAGCCAGCAGUCAAAAGGAACUGUGUGAUUAGAGAGGAUCGGUGUUAAUUCCAUGACCUUGCCACCUGCUGUGAUGACAACCAAAACAGUUUUGCUUUAGCUCCCCCUGCUGGAUGAAUUUUGAGGAUUUCUACAUGGAUUGUGGGAGUCUUAUUACAGCAACAUUCAGUUAUCUAUGUUGGUGAAGUCAGUUCAAUGAUUAAAAAGAGUGUAAUAAAGUGUAUGUAUUCAAAAUUAAAUAAAUAAAACAGUUACAUGUGUUGCA